AUGGCCGACGACGCCGCCAACGCUGCCGGAGCUACCACCGGCCUCGCGGCGCCCGCUCUCGACCCAAACACCGGCGCCCCUGUCGCCGUCGACCCUGCCGCGGCCACCGCCGCUCUUGGCGCUCCACUGGCCGUGCCACCGACCAUGGCUCUUCCCCAGGUUUCUCACGUCUCUGCCCGGAUCUCCUUCUACAUGCGCGGUGUUCAGAUCCGCAACAUUCUUCCCUUUACCCUUGAUCUCUCCACUGGUUCCUACAACCAGUGGCGCACCCACAUGGAGCUGGCCGUCGAGGAGUACGGCGUCCUCGAUCAUCUGACGGCACCCGCACCCACCGCACCUGAUGCCGAAUGGCGCACCGUCGACUUGAUCCUGAAACGGUGGAUCUACGGGUCCAUCUCUCGGGAACUCACCGGCAUGAUCCUCGACACCACCAAGACGGCGCGUCAGCUCUACGUCGCCCUCGCCGAGAUCUUCCUCAACAACCGUCGUCAUCGCGCCCGCCAAGGCAGCCUUGGCAUCGCGCAGUACUGCGCCCGGAUCAAGACGAUCGCCGACGCCCUCCGCGACUGCGACCAGGCGCCAACCGACGACACGCUCGUCACCGUGCUCACGCGCGGGCUACAUGAACGGCACCACGUCACCGGCAAGAUCCUCCUCUCCAACUACGGCCGCCUCACCUUCGACGACGCCCGCAAUAUGCUCCUCCUCGACGAGAUGCAGGGCCGCGCCACCGAUCGCGUCGCCUCGCAUUCCGCCCUCAUCGCCCUUGGACGUGGCGGUGGCGGGCCCCCCGGUGGCCACGGCGGAGGCGGCGCUCCUCCGCCGGCCCCUGGCUUCCCUCGGCCUCCCGGCACCCAUGGCGGCAUCGGCACCUUCGGCGCCAACUACGGCGCUCCAUCCUCGCCGUCUCCGAACCAGGGGAAGACCAAACGCAAGCGCGUCACCAACAACGGCGGCUACACCCCGUACGGUGCCAGAUCGCCGCAGCCUCCCGAGCAGCGGCCCUGGACUGGCUACGUCCAGGCCUGGCCGUACGCGGGACCUCGUCUUCCCGGGCUGCUGGGCCCUCGCCCUCCGCAGGCUCUGACGGCCAUGCAGCCGCUCCCGCCCUACGUCGUGCCCUAA